AUGGCGGAAAAUACGAGCGGUAGUGGUACCCACGACGCCCUUGGGAUUUCGGGGUCUCCGAGCUCCUACGAUUACAGCCGAUUAGGUCGAGAAAAUCCAAUCAUCGAGGCAGAAAACCUCGGCCGUGGACGGUCGAGUUCAUUUUCCCGGCUGCGACAGGCAGGUGGGCCGAACAGUAUUGACAAUUUUGCUCGAUCGUGGCAAAGAGCCGCGUGCUUCCCUGAGGUGCUCCCGCGUCACGCGUCCUUUGUAUCGGCGGACUCCGACGAUGAAUUUGCCAUUGCUACGGGUGGAGAUUUCGUGUCAAGAAGUCCAUUGUCCGUUGGGCGACAUUCGGAUGCAGAGCGGCCUCUGCUCUCCGACGAUUCGGGCGACGAGGAGUAUAAUGGUGAUGGUUUGCAAAUCCACGGCCCUAGAAGAGCUCUGCCAACUACAGGACUGCUGGGAUCCUCACUGGAUCGAAGCUUUGCUGCCUCGUAUGGAACGAUCUCUUCUCGCGUGAGCGAGUCCGCCCGCCGUAAUGCAAUACAGUUUCACCGCGAGCACCAGACCCAUGCGGACGGUCUAGAUGACCCUGGUCGAGAACCCCUUCUACUUAAACAUGUCCAGCAUGAGGAUGGCACUAAAGAAGACAUUGUCAUUGGGCAGUCAACAGUUCCACAAACCAUCUUCAACUCCGUAAACGUGUUAAUUGGGAUUGGGCUUUUGAGUCUCCCGCUAGCAAUGAGAUAUGCUGGGUGGUUCCUGGGCCUUCUAUUUCUGGUUUUCUCCGCGGUGACCACAUCAUACACAGCAAAGGUCCUUGCCAAAUGCCUUGAUGUGGACAAGACUCUGGUGACAUAUGCCGAUCUGGCCUAUAUUAGCUUUGGGCACCAUGCUCGUCUCAUUACAAGUUUCCUGUUCUGUGUCGAGCUACUAGGUGCUUGUGUCGCCCUAGUAGUUCUCUUUGCGGACAGUCUAUUUGCACUACUUCCUGGUUUGAGCAUCCUUCAAUGGAAAUUAGUGUGUGGGUUAAUACUGGUACCGUUGAACUUUCUGCCAUUACGGUUCCUCAGUGUGACCAGCAUUCUGGGCAUCAUUUCAUGCACAUCCAUCGUGAUCCUCAUUUGCGUCGACGGCUUGAUAAAACCUGACUCGCCGGGCUCACUGCAACAGCCCGCCAAAACAUUCCUGUUUCCUGAAAACUGGGCUACCCUCCCUCUAAGUUUUGGACUCAUUAUGUCACCAUGGGGUGGACACGGUGUCUUCCCUAACAUCUACCGGGAUAUGAGGCAUCCACACAAAUACCAAAAGAGUCUCUGGACUACUUAUGUAUUUACGUUUUCUCUGGACUGCUCUAUGGCACUUAUUGGCUGGUUGAUGUUUGGUGAUACCGUUCGUGACGAGGUGACGGCGAACGUUCUUAGUGUCGAUGCAUACCCAAAGGUGCUCUCUGUUUGCAUUAUAAUUUUCAUUUCAGUCAUCCCCCUCUCAAAGGUUCCCCUCAACGCUCGUCCUUUGGUAGCGACAUUCGAAGUCCUUUGUGGUGUUAGUCCAAGUCACACACCCUCCGAGGACAGCGCCGGGCCUGGGAAAAUGCUACAAUUCCUCCGGGCAUUGGUGAAGGUAUUCACCGUGGCUCUCAUAGUCGGCCUGGCCAUUGUUUUCCCAGCAUUCGACCGAAUCAUGGCCUUCCUCGGGUCUUUUCUUUGCUUCUCGAUCUGCAUCAUCUUCCCCCUCGCGUUCUACCUUAAAAUAUUCGGGAAGGAGAUAAGUCCACGCGAACGAAUUCUCGAUUGGUCCCUGCUGAUAAUUUCUUGCAUUCUGGCAGCGGUAGGAACUGUCUGGGUUUUCCUGCCGCGUGAAAUGAUCGCCGGAGGCUAA